AUGGACAUUGGCGAAUCAUCAAGCAAAGAAAGCCAAGAGUUGGCUACAAACUUGUCAGCGACAAGCACAUCGGCGCAGCUCGGGCUAACGGAGCUUCAAAAAGCCUUAACCUCAGGGACGGUUUCGGAAACCAUCAAUAUCCCAGCAACGGUAGAAAGCUCUGAUGCGACACCGGUAACACUCGUACCCGUAAUCGAACCUCCACCUGCAGAAACAUAUCAGUACAUGUUUUGGAAUGUCAACACUGCUCCCUUUGAGAAAAAAACCUUGCCAAUAGCACAGAAGAUAGUCAAGCUGAUGAUGAAAUUUGUCGUCGAUUACUGCUUUAUCCUUGAAGCACAUUUGCUCUAUGAGCGUCCAUCUGAGCCCGAUCAUCAACAUCUUUGCUUUUUCGAGGAAAAAAUCCAGAAACUGUGGACUGACGCAAACGGACCACGCCUACAAGUCAGGCACGUCAACUCUGACCAGGGUCCUACCACAUAUCAUUAUGACGGUCGCGACAAGCCGAAAAAAGUGAAAAUGUUGUUGAUCUAUCAAAAAGGGUUGCCGGAGCCCAUGCUAAAGUACGAUGUUUUUCCCAUGAUGCAUACCAAAGAGCAAGAUAGGGGAGAUCGGGUGCUGACCGUGGAAAUUGGUUCGACUACUUUUCUUUUCAUGCAUCGGCAGACGAAUAGCAUGACCUGCACGACGUUGGAAGAAAAGAGUCCGAGGAGGGCUAUAAAACCGGAGUUCGUAGAAUGGUUCAAAGAUCCUGACGAAGGCCCGAACGAUUCACAGAACCUCAUCAUUUUUGGGGACCUGAACCUGCCAGGUAUGGAUUGGCAUAAACUCAAAGCUAAGCCUUGUAUCUCAAAUCCUAAUAUUACAAAUGACUGCGGUACCUUUUUCCAUGAGAAUGGAUUUAGCGCGGAAUGGGUACGAGAGGUGACGCGCUUUCAAAAAGAAGAUCUUAAAUGGGAAUUUAAUCGCUAUGUUAAGUAUUCACGGGCAUAUACAAGGCUGGACGCUAUUUUAACCAAAAACGGAGGCGUACGACUCGCAGGGAAAGCAAAAGUGGAAUGGGUGAAGCGCUCUGACGCACCGGAAGAUUAUCUCAGCGAUCACGCCGCCAUUCUUUUCAACCUGAUUGAAAAGGAAGAACAAAAAUUGAACAUUGAAGUGACCCCGAAGUAUGCUAUCUUCCUCAACGGGCCUUUUGAUCCGGAGGAAAUCGUGACUAAAAAAAUCGAUAGCCAUGGCGAUCCCGUAAUUUUUUCCGAGGAAUGCAUCUUGCACAAAGUGCCGCGAGCCAUUUUUGUCAAUCUAAAAAUCAUUAAUCAAGGGGAUUCCUUCGAAUUCUCCCUGAAAUGCUCUUCGCCCAAAGUGACCGUAGAUUCCGGUGCGCAAACCUUGGAAGUCGAAAGCGGCAAAACAAUCAACUUGCAACUCAAGUUCACGGUUCCAAAUCCAGAAGACGUAAAGGGAAUCAACCACCUUGAACCCGACGGCGCUCAGUGGCUUAUACUGACGCAUAAAACAUCGAAGGAGCAGUACCAUUGGCAAAUCCUGUUUAACGACGAAACCGAAGUAUCGUUGGCGUUU